CGCUGAUGACUCCCUUAAACGCCCGGGCUGUGACUGAUUCUCCACGUCCCGCUGUCCACCGAGAUUCACCCGGGAGUUUUUUUUUUUCACCCCAGAAAAGAAACAGACUUUAAAUAGUUUGAGGAGCAGUUCCUGAAUGCCACGGCUUUAAGAACAUCCGACACCCAAGACGGAACUCUGUGGCUUUAAGACUUUCCUGGGAGCUGGGGCCCACCCCUCUGGCCAUCUUUCAGCCACCAGAGCAUCUUUUCCGAGGAACAUUCUUACUAGACUGACAGUCCUUAAGUCAAGCAUGCAGUGAGGGUGUUAAGGGAUGGAAGAAGCGAGUCUGUGCCUUGGAGUGUCCUCGACGGCACCGGAAGCUGAGCCUCAUCUGAGCGGCCCAGUCCUCAAUGGCCAGUAUGCCAUGAGCCAGAAGUUGCACCAGAUCACUUCCCAGCUCAGCCAUGCCUUUCCUGAGUUGCACCCGCGGCCCAACCCAGAGGAGAAGACACCUGCGGCCCUUGAGGAGAAGGCCCACGUGCCCAUGAGCGGACAGUCCAUGGGCAGCCAAAUGGCGCUGCUGGCCAACCAGUUGGGCCGCGAUGUAGACAACAGCCUCAACGGGCGUGUGGAUCUGCAGCAAUUCCUCAAUGGGCAGAACCUAGGAAUCAUGUCUCAGAUGAGUGACAUUGAGGAUGACGCCCGAAAGAACCGGAAGUAUCCGUGUCCUCUGUGUGGCAAGCGUUUCCGGUUCAAUAGCAUCCUCUCCCUGCACAUGCGCACUCACACCGGUGAGAAGCCAUUCAAGUGCCCCUACUGCGACCACCGCGCGGCCCAAAAAGGAAACCUCAAGAUCCACCUGCGGACCCACAAGCUGGGCAACUUGGGGAAGGGUCGCGGGCGGGUACGUGAGGAGAACCGUCUGCUGCACGAGCUGGAGGAGAGGGCCAUCCUGCGGGACAAGCAAAUGAAGGGCAGCCUGCUGCAGCCGAGGUCUGAUCUCAAGCCCUUGGCACAUGCCCAGCAGGCCCCGUUGGCCACCUGCAACUUGGCCUUGCCUCCCAACCAUAGCGUGCCCGAUGUAGCCCACCCGGCACCUUCCCCCAAGCCGGCCAGUUUGCAGGAGGACUCGGUGACCCCGGCUGCGGGCUUCCGAUGCACCUUUUGCAAAGGCAAAUUCAAGAAGCGAGAAGAGCUGGACCGCCACAUCCGCAUUUUGCAUAAGCCCUACAAGUGCACACUGUGUGACUUCGCCGCCUCGCAGGAGGAGGAGCUCAUCAGUCACGUGGAGAAGGCCCAUAUCACUGCGGAGUCUGCCCAGGGCCAGGGCCCCAAUGGUGGGGGAGAGCAGUCAGCGAAUGAGUUCCGCUGUGAGGUAUGUGGCCAGGUGUUCAGCCAGGCCUGGUUCCUGAAGGGCCACAUGCGCAAGCACAAAGACUCUUUUGAGCAUUGCUGCCAGAUCUGUGGGCGGCGCUUCAAAGAGCCUUGGUUCCUGAAGAAUCACAUGAAGGUCCACCUCAACAAGCUCUCGGUGAAGAACAAAUCCCCCAGUGAGCCUGAGGUGGCGGUGCCCAUGGGUGGCCUGUCCCAGGAGGCCCAUGCCAACCUGUACUCUAGGUACCUCUCCUGCCUGCAGAGUGGCUUUAUGACCCCUGAGAAAGCCAGCCUGAACGAGCCCUCUCAGCUCUAUGGCAAGGGGGAGCUCCCGGCCAAGGAGAAGGAGGUUCUGGGAAAGCUACUGUCGCCCAUUUCCAGUAUGGCUCACAGUGUCCCCGAGGGGGACAAGCACUCCCUCCUGGGCUGCCUCAACCUCGUGCCACCCCUGAAAUCCAGCUGCAUUGAGCGGUUGCAGGCAGCUGCCAAAGCUGCAGAAAUGGACCCUGUGAAUAGCUAUCAGGCCUGGCAGCUCAUGGCCAGGGGCAUGGCCAUGGAACACGGCUUCUUAUCUAAAGAGCAUCAGCUCACGCGCAACCACGAAGACCCUUUGGCAAACGCCGGAGUUCUGUUUGAUAAGGAGAAGCGGGAGUACGUGUUAGUGGGAGCAGAUGGCUCCAAGCAGAAAAUGCCUGCUGAUUUGGUUCACAGCACUAAAGUGGGCAAUCAGAGAGACCUGCCAAAUAAGCUCGACCCUCUAGAAGGCAGUCGGGAAUUUUUGUCACAUGGGCUCAACCAGACGCUCGACUACAACCUGCAGGGUCCUGGGAACAUGAAAGAGAAACCCACUGAGUGCCCGGAUUGUGGACGGGUUUUCCGAACCUACCACCAGGUGGUCGUGCAUUCUCGAGUCCACAAGCGGGACCGCAAGAGUGACGAGGACGCUCUGCACGUGGGUGUGGGCCUGGAGGAGCGGCGAGGCUCAGGCAGCGACCAGGAGUCCCAGUCAGUGAGCCGCUCCACCACACCUGGCUCCUCUAACGUGACUGAGGAGAGUGGGGCUGGAGGUGGCCUGUCGCAGACCGGAAGUGCCCAAGAGGAUAGUCCGCACCCCUCUUCACCAUCUUCCUCAGACAUCGGCGAGGAGGCCGGGAGAGCCAGCGGCGUCCAGCAGCAGGCGCUGCUUCGAGACAGGAACCUGGGCUCAGCCAUGAAGGACUGCCCGUACUGUGGGAAGACUUUCCGGACUUCCCAUCACCUUAAGGUCCACCUGAGGAUACACACAGGUGAGAAGCCCUAUAAGUGUCCUCACUGUGACUACGCUGGCACCCAGUCUGCAUCCCUGAAGUAUCACCUGGAGAGACACCAUCGGGAGCGGCAGAAUGGAGCCGGGCCCCUGUCAGGACAGCCCCCGAACCAGGAGCACAAGGACGAGACCUCCAGCAAAGCGCCUAUGUUCAUCAGGCCGGACAUCCUUCGAGGAGCUUUUAAGGGUCUCCCUGGAAUCGACUUCCGAGGUGGUCCCGCCUCUCAGCAGUGGGCAGCCGGCAUGCUCUCCUCCGGAGAUCAUUCAGGGCAGGCCACCGGCAUGUCCUCAGAGCUGUCUUCAGAUGCCCUAAAAGGUUCCGACCUUCCUUCCAAAAGCUCCCACUUCUCAGAGAUCGGAAGAGCUUAUCAAAACAUCGUGAGCAACGGUGUGAACUUCCAAGGGUCCCUGCAGGCCUUCAUGGACAGCUUUGUCCUCAGCUCGUUGAAGAAAAAGGAUACGAAGGACAAGGUCCCAUCUGAUGCCCAUCCCAUGAAAGCCCAUACCGCGGAGGGCGGGGAGGAGAAAGCAAGCACGAAGCCCUCCCAGCGAAAGUCUGAGAAGUCUCAGUAUGAGCCUCUGGACUUGUCUGUGAGGCCAGAUGCCCCCACUCUCCCUGGCUCCUCCGUGACCAUGCAAGACAGCAUCGCGUGGCACGGCUGCUUGUUCUGCGCGUUCACCACCUCGUCCAUGGAGCUGAUGGCCCUUCACCUCCAGGCCAACCACCUAGGCAAAUCAAAACGCAGAGAUCACCCCACAGGUGUGACAGUCAACUGCAAAGAGCAGGGGCGGGAGGCCAGCAAGGCCUCCGUAUUGCCUUCCCUACAGUCCAACAAAGAGAUGGCCCUUCCUAGCGCUGUCGGUGUGCUCGACUCUGCUCCUGAGAAGAUGGCCCAAGGGCUGGCCAAAGAGACUCUAGGGGACCAGAAGAGUGGUCAGUGGCCCAACCACAUGGACCCUGCCUUUUGUACCUUUCCAUCUGACUUCUACAAACAGUUUGGUGUUUACCCCACUAUGGUUGGCUCAGGGGCCCCGGGCUCCUGCCUCAACAAGAACACCGAAGGGAAAACCCACCCAGAAGACGACGCCCCUAUACUGAUCCCGGAAACCACGAACAAAAACACUACUGAUGACCUCUCAGAUAUUGCCUCCUCCGAGGACAUGGACUCCUCCAAGGGAGAAAACAAUGAGGACGAGGAGAUAGACACCGAACCAGAAAUGAGCAAGCCACUGUCUGCGCUCAGCAAGGAUGGCAGCAAUGAGGGUGGCGACAGCCUGCUGUCCCCAGGCGCCCCACAGCCUAUCCAGGGACUGGUCUCACCUUUAGCCCAAGCAGCCGAGGAACAGUGGCACAGCCCAGGCCUCCUUCCUGCCCAAGACCCCUCGGCGGGGCUGCCCAAGCCAGAGCGGGGUCCCCCGGGCUUGGAGAAACCUGUGAGCAUGCUGUCGGUCCUCAGGGCCUACAGCGCCGAUGGCUUAGCAGCCUUUAACGGGCUUGCAAGCAGCACAGCAAAUUCUGGAUGUAUCAAGAGGCCAGACUUGUGUGGUCACAGGCCUUUCCAGUGUCACUACUGUCCCUACAGUGCCUCGCAGAAGGGGAACCUGAAGACCCACGUCCUCUGCGUCCAUCGAAUGCCUUUUGACAACAGCCAGUAUCCCGACCGCAGGUUCAAACGUUCCAGGGUCGACUCGGAGGCUUCUGGGAAUUUUGAGGAGGCUGCGGCUGUCAAGGCUGGGAGCUUUGCUGAGCUCACAGAUGAGAGAGGCAAAGGCCAGGAGGAAGGCAACUGAGCAGAGCGGCCCACCACGAGACCUCCUCUCUACAGUUUGAAAUCAUGCAUCUGGGCUCACCAGUUUGCUAACUGCAUUCCAAGGGGGAAACUAUGUACAACCCCUCACUAGUGUAUAGAACAUUUAAAAGAAUUUUAAAAGAUAUCUAUCUAUAUAUAUAUUAAAAAAAAAUCCCCCCAGCCCUUGAACAUGGCUGCUACACUGUUACUCAGUAACAAGAACUUCCAAGAAAUGCAGGUGGGAUAAAGUGAUUUUAGAAAUGGCCCCUGUGUUCCUCAAGCUCCUAUAGCUGGAGGUCCUUCUAACCCAAAAGUCAUCUUUGUCCAGAAAAACCCAAAAGCAAACAAAAACAAAACAAACAACAAACCAAUAACUGUACCGUUCGAGCGAUUCAGCGUCGCCUCGAAGGGUCUGUGUUCUCCUUCUUAAAAACACCUCUAUAAUCUGACACCAGCUGCUGUCCUUCCCCACCAUCCUAAUGAGAGGAGCUGGGAGGCAGCUGAGAGGUGCCAGUCAGACUGGGGCGGUCACUGCAGGGAAAAUCAAUUCACAUGGUGUCACUCUGCGCUCUGGGAGAAAUCCUAGCCGCCCGCUUGCAGUCAGAGAGCGCCAGGCCCGACCAGUGCUGCAGAGGAUGGUAAUCUAAAGUGUGCUUAAAAGAAAAAAAAAUACACAGCCGGAUGAAUCAGUGGUCAGGAAGUGUCUGCAGACAAAUGUCCUUUGCAGCUUUGAUGAGUCAUUCCC